AUGCUUGACGUGCGGCCCGGGUGCCUGGCGGCGCAGACGCCCUCGCCGCAGCCUCGCCCCACGGUGCUGGGGGACGCGGCGCCCCUGGACCUGCUCACGCCCCACGCCGCCGGCGCCGGCGGCGUGUUCCCAGCGCCCCUGUCGCUGGUGACGCCACAGACGCGCGCGUGGCUGCGCCCGGGGCGAAGGCAGCACGAGGGCCUGCCUGCCGACAGGCCCGCCGUGCCCCCGCUCCCGGGCCCCGCCGCGCACACGCCGUGGCGCCCCGCGCCGCACCAGGGCUCCGUCGAGAGGCGGCUGGACGAGCUGGGCGGCCUGCUCGAGGGCCUCGCGGAGGAGUCUGGGAGCCACGCCCAGCACCUGGAGGUCCUGGCCCGCUCCUGCCGCUCGCUGCACCUGCGGAUGGACGAUCUAGACGCCGUGCAGCGGUCCAUCGCGGUGGGUCUCGAGACGUUCCAGGGCGGCCCUGGCGGGCGGUGCGCCCCCCCCGCGGCGGCGCCGGAGUCCGCCCCGCAGGGCGCGCGGUCGCCCAGCGAGGUGGCGGGCUUGCUCGAGGCCCUCGAGGGCCAGGCGAGGGCAGUGGGGGAGCUGGGCGCCAUGGCGCGCGAGGAGCUGCAGGUGGCCAAGGCGCUGGCGGAGGCUUCUGGGAAAGCUCCAGCUUCCGACCCCGCGGUCCCCGAAUUGCUGGGGAGGGUCGCGGAGCAGGGGCUCGCCAUCGAGCGGCUGAGUGCGCUGGUCGCCGGCCUCGGCGACGGCGUCGCAGCAGCCGGCGCGGCGGCCGCGCCGGCGGCGGCGCGGGCGGCAGAGCUGGAGUCGGCGGUGGCGAACCUCGAGGAGGCGGUGUCGACGAUGCAAGAUCAGUUGGGCAUGCUGAUCACCAUUGUCAGGUCCGUGGCAGACUAUGCCGCCGGCCCCCUGGACGACCGCCUGGCCGCCUCCGUCGAGGAG